AUGAGCACCUACACCGUGGGUCUCAAGGCCCUUCUCCCCACCCUUGGGCUCAUCUACGGCUUCCAGGCAGCCUGCGCAGCCAUCGCGGUGCCUCUCAAGACCGAAAAGUACUACGACCUAUGUGGCUCGCUCGGCUUCAUCUCGGCGGCGGGUGCCUCGCUCUACAUGCCAUGGAUCCGAGCACGCUACGUCGACGGCUUCAAAAACAUCUCGUUGCCCACGUCCCUCUCGGCGUUCCACCCUCGUCAGGCCAUCAUGACCGGACUCACGCUCUUCUGGGCCAUCCGUCUCGGCAGCUUCCUCUUUCAGCGCAUUCAAAAGUCCGGCAGCGACAGCCGCUUCGAUGAGAUCAAGCAGAGCCCUCCCAAGUUCUUUGGCGCCUGGAUGAUGCAGGCUACCUGGAUCGCGAUCACUGCUCUCCCCGUCUACCUCGUCAACUCGAUCCCCAAGGCAUCGCAGCCACCUCUGGGCCCUCGCGACUACAUCGGUCUCGCCAUCUGGAUCGCCGGCAUGGGUCUCGAGGUCACCGCCGAUCGUCAAAAGUCGCAGUGGCGAGAGGACCGCGAGGCAGGCAAGCACAAGGAGCCCUUCAUCACGUCCGGAGUGUGGAGCUGGUCUCGACACCCUAACUACUUUGGCGAGGUCAGUCUCUGGGCGGGUCAGUUCAUCCUUUCCACCUCGGCAAUCGCCAACGCAGGCACCUUCUACCCAACCUGGGCGGUGGGUCUGGCUGCGCUCAGCCCGCUGCUCGAAUACGGCCUCAUUCGAUUCAUCUCGGGUGUGCCCAUGCUCGAGGAGAGCGGCGAUAAGAAGCACAAGGAUAACCCGCAGUGGAAGAAGUACAAGGAGGAGGUUCCCUGCUUUGUGCCCUUCAUCGGCAGCAAGAAGUGA